CCGGUUUGUUCCGAGGCCUCGAGCUCGCUGCUGUAGAAUGAAGAUCUCUUCAGGAAAUACCACUUCUAUCCACCACGACACAGCGACCUUUACUGAAUAAUCGUUCUCGAAGCUCUCUCACUAGGAAAUUUAGGAAUAGGAAGGGGAAAAGAAUUUUUCUGCGCUCGAACAACUACAGUGUCGUUAGAUUGAGCUUUCUAUUCACCUAUUUUUACCAUAUAUUCAAUAGCUCUUCAUAUUCAUCUGUUCUGGCGACUCAACACUCUUACCGGUCCGUAAAAGGCAAUCUGGUACUAUCCUUUCCUCGAGUCACAACUUCUAUUGCCAACCAGACCCACCUGGAACAACGAACAGCAAAAUGUCGUCCUUGGCGGCCAAGCGUUUGCACCAGGAGCGGGUGAACUUCAAGAAAAAGCGGCCUUUCGGAUUUUUCGCCCGGUACACGACCAACAAGGACGGUUCGCAGAACAUGAUGAAGUGGCGAUGCGGCGUGAAGACAGAGGACGACGGUCCGUGGAAGGGCGCCACCGUCGAACUCACCAUGGAAUUUUCCGAGGACUACCCGGGGCGACCGCCGAAGGUGAUGCUCUGCUUGAUCGAGGGGAAGGCGGCGUUCCACCCGAACAUCUACCCCAGCGGGGCGGUGUGCCUUUCCAUCCUGAACGAGGACAAGGACUGGCGGCCGACGUUAACGGUGACCGGAUUGCUCACCGGGAUCAAGGACCUCCUGCACAACCCAAACCCGGACUCACCCGCUCAGGAGGAAGCGUUCAAGGUCUACAUCAAGGAACCCAAGCACGAUAUCCAAGAAAAAAACUGUGUAAGUGUAACUUUGUGUUGCAGACGAUGCAAGACACUUACAACUGGCAUGCUGGGCAUGCGUCAGAGGCUCCUUUCGUACGUGUUUUCAGCCACUAGCUACGCAUCACAGGUUUUCUCCGUCAUGCAGAGCAAACUUGUGAUGCUGUUCCUCCAAGAAAGUUACACUUACACAGUUUUUUUCUUGCAUACACGACGAGUGGCUGAAAAAGGUGGAGCAACAAGCGGAAGCGAUCAAAAGCGGAAAGGCGUACGAGGGGGUGGAGUGAAGGCCGCGCUGCUUCGCUUUCUUUGGAAUUGAUGUGAGGCAUUCAUAUUUCAAUUGAGCCCCUGUAGGUGUAGAACUAAGACUACUUGAGGGUCAGUCUUCAGUUCUCACUUUUAUUCAACAACGCGACUUUCCUCAUCCUUGGUUGCCCACAAACAUGUGAGAAUGAAUGUCGGCUGCUGUGGUCUUUUUACCGUAUGUCUCGAAGUAUUGGCUUGAACAAUUCGAAGCGAGAAAAACAUGCCUUACCCACAAACGGC